AUGGUUUACUGUAAUUCCUUCAGCCAUCUGGAAGGAAACCCGCUGGUGGUCAUUCCCGCGACGACGCUACAGCUCUUACCAAACCUCGCUUCCCUAUACAUGAGGAACAUCGAGCUCAAUAUGGACCUUCUGGUAAACAUCUCCCAGGACCUCACCUACGGCACCUACACGCCCAAUAUCUCCCACGUGUACUUCGAACGGUUUCGAUACUGCAGUUAUCUUCCGCAUGUUCCAGACUGCAGGCCUAAGACAGACGGAGUCUCCUCGUUCGAACACCUCCUGGUCCGCGUUGAGCUGCGCGUGGCGGUAUGGCUGGUGGCGCUAAUGACGCUGGUGGGCAACAUGACGGUUCUCGGCGGCAGAGCCUUUACCAGGGACGACAACAAGAUCCUCUCCCUCUUCAUACGGAACCUGGCAGUGGCAGAUCUUCUGACGGGCGUGUAUCUCUUCGUCGUGGCGGUGAAAGAUGCCCAGUUUCGAUCCGAAUACCACGAGUACGCCUACUACUGGAUGACGUCAUGGCACUGCACUAUCACCGGGGUUCUUUCUAUGACAUCUUCUGAGGUGUCUGUCCUGAUCCUGACCUUCAUGAGCGUGGAGCGGUGGUUGUGCAUCACGUGGCCACUGGGAGCCCCAAAGCUCUCCCUCGGAACAGCAAAAGUCGUGCUUUUGGCCAUUUGGUCUGUGGGCCUUCUGCUUGCGCUCUUGCCCGUGUUCUGGUACACUAGCAAGCAAGGUUUCUACGGCACGAACGGCCUGUGCUUUCCGCUGCACCUGGACGACCCCUGGGUGCCCGGCUGGGUCUACUCCGCCUUCAUCUUCGUGGGCAUCAACCAGAUUGGGGUGGUGAUGAUUCUCAUGUCAUACACUGGCAUGUUCUACAGCAUUCGCAUCACGCGCGCGAACACGCCGCUGUCGCUCGGGGAUCGCGAGUUCGCGCUCCGCUUCUUCUUCAUCGUGUUCACCGACUGCGUGUGCUGGACGCCGAUCAUCAUCCUGCGCAUCCUGGCGCUGGCGGGCUGCUCCAUCCAGCCGGACCUUUACGCGUACGUGGUGGUGGUGCUUCUGCCAAUCAACUCCGCUCUGAACCCGUUCCUCUACACCUUCACCACCUCCAAGUUCAGGUCGAGGGCGCGCCGGUUCCUCUCGUCCCAGGGAAUCUGCCACUGGCGCCACCGCCGCGACUCAGGUUCAGAGGUGACCCGGACCUCGUUCUUCAGGAGCGCCACCUACAAGUGGACGAAUGGGCGCGACGUCGUGCAGGUUUACAAUGGCACUCACGCCCUUGAGGAAACCACACUCGCCGAUCUCUCCAAGGGCGUCGUGGCGCGGAGUUGUCGCCACCAGUCAGGCUUACAGGUGAGUCUUCCAAAUUCUGAAGACAGAAAUAAAGAGCAGGCUGGUGUUUCUCAGGAAAAUUAA